AUCCAUCCGGGCGAUCCAUCUGUCUGUCUGUCUGUCUAGAGUUCGUCGUGUGCCUCGUAGUCCUCCUCGCCGGUGGGGCCGCCCGCGCCGCCCGCGGCGCCGUAGACGGCCGAGAUGAUGGGGUUGCAGAUCUCCUCGACCUCCUUGUGCUUGGCCUUGAUCUCCUCGGCGUCCUCCUCAGGAUGCUCCUGCAUCCACUCCUCGCCGUCCUUGACCUGAGUCAUCACACACACACACACACACACACAGAGAGAGAGAGAGAGAGAGGGACGGUGACUCGGGGUGUGAGGGAGGGAGAGAGGGGGGGAGUGGUACCUACCGCGUCGAGAAUUUGUUGUCUCUGGUCUUCGUCGAGUUUGUUAGCGAGUUUGUCUUUGUCCUCGACGGACUGCUUCAUGCUGUGGAGGUAGUUGUCGAACGAGUUUUUGGCGUCGACGCGCUCACGCACCUUCUUGUCCUCCUCGGCGUAGUCCUCCGCCUCUCUGAGUGAGAAGGUGUCAGUCACAUGUGUGUGUCGUGUGUGUCGGGUGGGGUGGCUGGAUCACUUGAUCAUCUUUUUGAUGUCUUCUUCGCUGAGCCGUCCCUUGUCGUUGGUGAUGGUGAUCUUCUCUGACUUGCCGGUGCCCUUGUCCUCGGCCGACACGUUCAAGAUACCGUUGCUGUCGAUCUCAAACGUCACCUGGUCGGCCAACACACACACGCACACACACACACACACACACGUGUACGCGUCAGCUGACACGAGGUUUCUGCUGACGGACCUCACCUCGAUCUGUGGGACGCCCCGUGGUGCUGGCGGGAUGCCGGAAAGCUCGAACUUGCCCAGCAGGUGGUUGUCCUUUGUCAUCGGACGCUCUCCCUCAAACACCUGCAGCCAACACACAUAUACACACACACAUCCAUCCAUCCAUCCACCGGUGCUGCCCUGCCCCUGUGUGCGCGAGGUGUGUAUGUGUGUAUGGUUGCUUGCUUGCCUGUAUCAUGACAGCGGGUUGGUUGUCCUGGUAAGUCGAGAAGACUUGUGACUUCUUGGUGGGGAUGACGGUGUUGCGGUUGAUGAGCUUGGUCAUGACACCGCCCACCGUCUCGAUCCCCAAAGUCAGGGGCGUCGCGUCCAGCACCACCAGCCCCUCGCCGCCCUCACCGGACAGAAUACCUAGUAGGCACCACACAACACACACAAAGGUGGGCGGGGCGUGUGGUAGGGGGAUGGAGGGAGGGGUGCCUGUGCAGUUAGUUACCGGCUUGGACAGCCGCGCCGUACGCGACGGCCUCAUCGGGGUUGAUGCCCCGGUUGGGCUCCUUGCCAUUGAAGAAAUCCUUGAUCAACUGCUGGAUCUUCGGAAUACGCGUGGAACCGCCAACCAACACGAUCUCAUCAAUCUGCACCCACAGACGCACGGGUACGAAUGAGACACACAAACGUCGGCCGGCAUCCUUGGGGCGUGUGUUGAUGGGGAUGGGGAUGGGGAUGGGUGGGUACGCACCUGUGUCUUCUUGAAGCCAGCGUCAUCGAGGACAUUCUUGACGGGCUUGAGGGUCUUCUGGAAGAGGUCGUUGUUGAGCUCCUCAAACCUCGCCCUGGUAAGUGUCUCCGAGAAGUCGACGCCCUCGACAAGGCUCUCGAUCUCGAUCCGCGCCUGGUGCGUUGAGCUGAGAGCGCGCUUGCCCUUCUCGACCUCUCGGCGGAGCUUCUGCAGUGCCCUCUUGUCCUUGCUGAUGUCCUUGUCGUACUUCUUCUUGAUUAUUUUGAUGAAGUGGUCCAUCACACGCUGGUCGAAAUCCUCGCCACCCAAGUGGGUGUCACCUGAAUGAACCAUACCACACACACAAAGACAGAGGGAGCGAGUUAGGGGUGUCAUGGCGGCGGCUUGUUGUUGUGUUGGCGCCACUCACACUCACUCACCACUGGUGGCGACGACUUCGAAGACGCCGUUGUCGAUGGUGAGGAGUGAGACGUCGAAUGUGCCGCCGCCGAGGUCGUAGACGAGGAUGUUCUUCUCCUGCUUCUUGUCGAUGCCGUAGGCAAUGGCCGCCGCAGUGGGCUCGUUGAUGAUGCGGAUCACAUUCAGGCCACUGAUGGUCCCCGCAUCCUUGGUCGCCUGACGCUGCGCGUCGUUGAAAUACGCUGCACACACACACACACACAUAUGGGGGGGGCGGCGGGGGGAGGGGGACGGGGAGGUAUCGCACCAGGGACGGUGAUGACGGCGUUCUUGACGUCUUUGCCGAGGUACGCCUCCGCGACCUCCUUCAUCUUGACGAGGACCAUGGCGGAGAUCUCCUCCGGCGCGAACGAUUUGGUCUCGCCCUUGACCUGCACCUCGAUGAAGGGCUUGCCCUCCUUCUCGGCAAGAAUGAACGGCAGCAGCUUCUUGUCACGCUGCACCUCCGUGUCCUUGUACUUGCGACCGAUCAGGCGCUUCACGUCAAACAGGGUCUGAGACGGGUUCACCUGCACACACAAAACACAAAACACACACACGUGGUGCGGUGCAGAGGGCGUAUGUGGGUGUAUAUGGCGUGGCUGACCGUGGCCUGGUUCUUGGCAGCCUCGCCGAUGAGCCGUUCGUCUUCGGUGAAGGCGACAUAGGAGGGCGUGAUGCGGUUGCCCUGGUCGUUGGGGAUGAUCUCCACGCGGCCGUUCUUGUAGAUGCCCACACACGAGUAGGUCGUACCCAGGUCGAUACCCACCACAGGACCCUCAACUGCAAUCAAACACACACAACACACACACAGCGCAGAAACAGGAGCCGUCCACGUGUGUCGGCACCCGAACAGCCUGCUGCAGGUCCCCGCCUGUCUCGCUCGUCGUGUGUGCAACCAUCUGUCAGCCUUUCGUUGCUCACUUUUCUUCUCCUCCUCGGCGGCCAGAGCUGAUGUGGCGAUGGCGGCCACCAGGACCGCAGCGAUGAUGAGCGACCUCAUGAUGCUCAAAGAUGCCCACAGAUACGCAAAGAUGCACAGCUACCCCUGCACAGCACCGCUGAUUCGUACCGAUAGCCAAAGACUACACGUGUGAAUCGGAGAGAGAGGCUGCGUUGGUGAUGCCAUCCC